GAGCAUUGUACAAAUUGUUACGCUCAAGUUUUAGAGCGUUCUUGUCAUUCUGCUCUGUAUUACGAACAUACUGUUACUGUUGCGCUCAUCUAUUGUCCUAUAUGUUGCGACCAUUGUACAUGUUAUCAUGCUCAAGUCUUACAGCUUUUCCCCUAUUGUUUGGCUCCUAUUAGACCAUUUUCACUCUGUUGUGCUCCUUCCGCGUGUGUUCCUGGCUUCGCUCUGUCCUGCUCUCUUACUGUUACCAGUUUAAGUUGAACGUAUCUAAGUUCCCGACGUUCCUCUUUUGCCAGUUUUGGAGCUAAUUUUGCCUUAUUCCAUAAUCUGCCGUGAGCGUUGGCCCUGUUACGCCCAGCAUUUAUCCCCUAUUUCGGGGUGUGAUUCCCCUCUAGGUUUGUUUUUGAACGUUGUCCCUUGUGCAUGUUCUGAUACCUACAGUAAUAACCUAUCCACUCAUUACUAUGUUAUACCUGAGCAAUACCUUGCUAAUUUUAUCAGUUUGAUGUUUAUUUGUCUUCUAGUAUACCCCGUGACUUGGGCUUCCCACCGAUCUUGCACAGCUUGAGCGGCUUUGUCACAGAUGUGUCCCAAAUGUGUCCCGGGCUACUACCUCCCUAACUACCUUUUCUUAUGAGUUUUUAGACAUGCCGCCCAAGCGCAAGACGACAGAGAAGGCGCCCAAACCGCCUAAACAGCCUCGCAAAGACAACCCCCCAAAGAAGCGGAAGCAGCCACCACGUCGCACGAACACAACCGUCGCUCCAGUGGUCACCUCAGCCCCUGCACCUGUGGUCACCACAUCCCCCGUUGUCACCACGACGCCAACCCCGCCCGUUGUCGUCAGCUCUACCACCACGACAUCAACGGUAGUUCACAGCCAACCCACUACCUCAACUACACCAGCCGUCACCUCUACGACACCGAUUUCUUCUGUCACCACUGCUCUCAGCGUACCCCCUGCCAUCUCAUCAACGACGCAGACUGUUCCUGCCGCCGUCUCCGCACUGGCCUUACCUCCAGCCACCUUGGAUCUGCAAAGGAACGCCCUUGCUGCCGCUAUUCUGGGUAAUCCUGGUCAUUCUAGCCUGUUAAAUCCUGCAGCUAAUUCUUUUCUGCCGGCGGGCCAAGGUUUAGGUUUAGCUGCAUCCACUACCACCCCUUCCAUCCACCUCCCACUCGACUCUGGGGUCUCUGCCCCCCUCAAAGAAAAAAUCUGGGCCGACAAGUACCUUGAUCUGCGCCAGUUGUUGCCAAACCAAAACAUUACCCCGCAGUACACAGUCUCUCUAACGGAUGUGGAUGCGGCUCCUAUCCUGACCUUGGCCAACCGACAGGUUCAGAACAAGACACCUUUGACCCUCGACCAGUGGACCGAUGCGUUCCUGGUCUAUCAUUAUAUUUACAUUCAACGUCACCCCGCUGCUACUUCGGCACUAGUGUCUUAUCAGCAUCUCAUUAGAACCAUGGCUUCCAGGGGGGCUAACUGGCUCCGAUACGACGAGGCUUUCCGUUCAUACCGCCAGUCAUCCACACACACACCGUGGAACUCCCCACACCUCCAGCUUUACAUUGACGCAUUCACUACGCCCUUUCAGGUUGCCCGCCCCCAGCCUGCGUCCCAGGCUGUCCGCCCAUCCGCCUCCGCCUCCCGACAAUCCGCAGCAGCCCGUCCCCGAGACAUCCCCAGGAGCUAUUGCUUUCCAUUCCAUCGCCAAAAUGGAAAAUGUCUGCGAGCGGAUUGCCCCUUCAUCCACACCUGCCCCUACUGCCGUAGUGCCCACAAAGCCUACAUCUGCCCCAAACGACCCGUCUCCAACCAAAACUAGGAUAGUUGCGGCCAAAUCCUGUAAUUUA